AUUAAGGAAACUCUACAAGAAUCAGGAGAAGCUUACAAGAGAAAAGAAGCUGAAUUGCAGAAAGUAAAAGAAAAAAAAGAAAACAAUUUGGACCUACUUCGUAACAUAGGGAUUAUGGCCCACAUCGACGCGGGAAAAACCACUACCACCGAAAGAAUUCUCUAUCUUGAUGAAAGUGAAAAAAAGAAGAUUCACAAAAUUGCGGAAGUAGAAAGAUCUUUAAGAGUUUUAGAUGGAGGGAUUGUUGUUAUUGACGGAAAAGAAGGAGUAGAAGCCCAAACCGAAACGCACGUUGAAAAUCGUUUUAUUGCCUCCUGCCAAAGUUUAGAAGAAAGAUUAGGAGCUAAUUUGCUUGUCGUCCAAUUUCCUCUCGGAGGAACCCACGGAAUUGAAGGGAUUGUUGAUCUAAUUGAAGAAAAAACUUACUACUUUCAAAGAGGAGACCGCGAAGAAAACUAUCAAAUUGUC